CUGUAUUGCUAUGCAUGCAUUGGCGGACUGCCUUGGGACAGCUUCAACGAGCUAUUCAGGUGAGUGAGAUGACUCUCGAUUAUCUAGGUAGUAACAGCUCUGUUGACGUAGAACCAGAUGUCGCGCUCCUGGAGCUUAUACAGAAGGCUGAAAGUAUCUCCACGCCAACUUCACCAAUAGAGCCCUUAAUGGCGCGCGAAGAAGAAUACCCAUGUACGGAGUGCGGUGAAGAGCGAACACGGCGAGGCUCAAUCGUCGCAGACCCAACUCAAGCCAAUGCUGGUAGGUCCCGGUAUGCAUGCACGAACCAGAAAUGCCGCAGAGGAAGGAACACGCGACAUGAGUACGUGUGGCAUAUCUGGGAAGUCCAUGGUGAAAGUCCAGUUUGUGAUUGUGGUCUGCUGAGUCGACAGGGGAUGUUCUUGAGCAGAUCGGGUACUGGCCGGACUGGAUACGGGUUUUGGGAAUGUGCUUAUGGUACUUGCAAGUACUUCUCGACAGAUCGAAAAGGUCGAUCGGUGAUUAACGGUGAAGUGAAGAAGGCCAACGUAGAGCAAUUCAUUCCGUGGUCGGCAAGCGUGACAAAUGUGACAUGAUCAGUCAGUCAGCUUUUGCCAGCAGGAAGUUUAGGAACCAGCGGCAGAGAUGUUGUGCAGAUCAUAAGUCUCACUUCUUCAGUCUUCUUCCACAGCAACCUCAUCCGUAUCGCC